AUGCCUCAGCGCCGCCCCCGACCGAAGAUCCCUCUUUGGGUACGCUUUCGGGCAUGGCUCCGAAGCUUGGAGUCGCCCCUUAAAAUACGCAGAAGUCUCUGGCGGCUCAAAGAACACCACACACAUCCCUUACUUGCACUCCUGCGCAUGUUCAUUCCAUAUCCAUCUUGGUUCUUCCCAAUCCCUGGUCCAUUCUCACCUCGUGCGCUCAUAGACGACAAAAAGAAUGAGACGGGGCUCAUCAGAACCCAAUUCGGCGAUUUGCACAACCUCCGAGCUAUUCCCAUCUGGCGCAUGCGCGAUACCCCGCUGCGGUCUAUUUACCGGCUCUACGAGCUUCACCUCGCUGACCGAUAUAAGUUAAUGGGAUACGAGACCGAAUAUUUCUUUUAUCGCCCUGGCUGGAAGCUACGAGAUAUUCCAGACCCAAAAGAUUCUGACCCAGUUCGUUAUGCCGUGGUCGCUUGCAUCCUCGAGGAAUUACACAAGGCAGUCAACUGGAGGCUAAGCUUGGGGAUGCGGAGAAACGGCGAUCAUGUGUAUCGCGAGUUUGACGAAGACCCAUUGCCUCCUUUUGUGCCAGAAGAAUUGCCUGACUGGACAAAAAAUGUACCGUCCAUUGAUAAGGAGCUACUCAGGCAGUCUGUCCCAUCAGAUAAGUUGGAUGCAGAAGGGAACUUGGUGCUUGAAGAGGAGGGCAAGAGUCCCAUAUUUGCCCAGCGUAACAUUAUCACGAAUACUGGCUGGCUCUACACUAUCUAG